AUGGUAAACCACAUGUUUUAUAUAAAUUAUAAUGAUGCAGACCCUUUUAAUGUCUGGAACGACAUUCAACAGAACAUGGAAAGCAUAUUGCCAUUGCCUGUUCACCCAAAGAAGAUCAAUGGUACCAACUGGAAGAAGCACGGCAUUUUGCACCCCGAGUUUCGACUUGAUUUUGUUGAAAAUAGGACAUUCAACUGCAAGUAUGUUAAGAUGUAUGAUUCUGCCGGGGUAGAGAAUCAUCAUGAUGGUGCCAUUAACGCUGAGAAUCCUUAUUUACACUUAUACGUGAUACCACCUAUGGAUUCCGAAGUAUUUAAAAAACAUGUUAAAGGGCAGCUCAAAUCAUUAAUCUCUGCAUUGAAGGUUAAACGCAUUGUCAUUAUAUAUGGCAUCUGCAAGAAGGGUGACAAAGCCGAACAGAAGGCUAACACCAAGACUAUAAGUAAAAUACGCCACAUGCUAACAUAUGUUUCUAUGAGCCAGAACAGUUUGUGUUUGGUGCCAAUGUUAAACUUGCCUUUACUUACGUCAACUGGCCUUAUGAAGGAUGAAGUAGAGGUAGAGGAGGAUGAAGAGAUCAAUGCUGUAAAAAAUUGGGAGAAUGUGAAGUUGGUGAUGAGCGAAUUCAUUUCCGAGGCUGUCGGUAUGCGAUUAUCAGAAAUAUCAGCAGUUAUGCAUCGAAAGUCUUCAUUGUCUCUGUAUGAUGGGAUUUUGUUUUACGACUCCAUAUUAAGGAUAUAUAGCAAGUUUGGAUCGCUAUCAAAUGCAGCAGAAGCGUACACAACCCUAAUUAACAACAUUAAGCCAGGUCUUAAAAAUGGCCUAAGUACAACUGACUUAACAGUUCCGCCAUUUAUUUUUUGCGUUACUUCGGGGUGUCAUCUUGGGGCUGAAACGAAUAUGUUCGACCUCUACCAAUAUUUAUGUUGCUCCGUCACUGGGUUAUGGCAUCGACAGAAUUCUGUUUCUAGUUUGUCACGCGCUUGCAACAUGUUACUUGACUGCUGUAUGUUGACAUUCACUGUAGCCCGCGGUAGUAUGACUGUAAAAGCUUUCAUGUGGGUCUUGGUUUUCAUAAAAGCAUCAGUGGAUUAUGUAGAAGAACGUAUGAAAUGUGCAUCUGACACAUCCGAUUUCUUCGAGCAGACAAACGAUUCUGUUGGGUGUGUUCAGAAAUCUACACGACGUUCACCAUUUUCCAAAUUACGUUCCACCUUUAGGGGACAUAAGGUGGAAAAAGUACAUGAUAUAGUGACUGGUUCUGACCUUAAUAAGUCUCCGUCACUAGGAAGUGACAGUGAUAAAAUUGGUGCAACAACACGGUCACCUGAGUUGCCUCCUUCGUCAAUUUCAAUUGGGUGUAUAGAUCACAGUAAUAGUACGAAGUCGAUAAGGCGUCAAUUGGGGUUGUUAUAUGUAUUCCUUUACAAAACACUCAAGCAUCUGGAUAAUCUGCUUCUAGAUGGGGAAGUGUUCGAGACUACCACUAGUGAAGCUGCGGUACAAUGUAGUGAAGAGUAUCGCCAAAAGGAGUCACAGCUAUGGGAGCAGUUGAAGUUAUCUGAUUCUCGGCAUGAUAUGUUGUCAGAAGCUGCAAAAAAUGGCGCAUUAAACUUUUCGCAUGGUGAUCUGCAUCGGUUUUCAUACGUUAUGUCAAUUCUAAACGAUGACGAAUCUGCUCUAUCAUCUAUUGAGAAAGAUUGUAACUUUAUGGGUUGGAGUUUAGGUGACCUCCGGAAUGAUGCAAAAGACCUGUAUGCGUGGAUUGACGUGGAUACCCCAAAUCUAGACCUGAAGGAUCCAUUAAAAUGCGUUCAGGCGGCAUUACACCCUAACCUUCACGUGUUGAACAGUAGCCCCAACAUAAGGUUAACCCCUAAUCCCAUCGAGGAUGACGCAGUUAAUGACUACCUGCGUGCUUUGGCGGAAGCGAAAAUGGAUAUCGGUAAUCAUCCAGAGCUUAUCGAAAUCUAUGGCCAGUUUGUGAAAUUCACAACGUUGAAAUGUAAAUUUCGGCUAAAUGUCUAUGCAUUCGAAGAUGUGUUGGAUGCCAAGAUCCGUAUUCGACUAAGAGAGGAGGGUAUAACGGGCAAUGCCAGCGGGUCAUCGGCGCAUAACUUAGAGGAAAUAUCGUUGGAUGAUGUAACACUACAUCAUGGUGUGAACGUUUUCGAUCUGAAACACACAUUUAAGAAGUUGUGUAAUUAUACGGUAGAGUCGUUCCUUAUAAAUGGUAAUGGAUUUCAAGUUGUUCAAAAGCCUGGAUCACCAAUACCAUUGGGUAUUCUCAGCGGUGUGGUUAGAGCAUUGAAGAGGCAAAACAUUAAAUCGUCACACAUUCUAUCUUGCUUAUUGUUGCCCACGAGGUUUUCCUAUUGCGUUGACAAGGACGUCGUACAUCUCACGGCACAUACAUGCUCCGAUGUGGCUCUAUGUUCGGAGCCUGUUAUAUUACGUGGAGUAUGCAAUUAUCUUUUGUUUCACCUAACUGGAUUCGAUAGUGGGCGUAUAUGUUUCUGUAAAUCGGAGAUUAACUAUGAUAUUCGACGCUUCUCUUUGUUUUCAGAGGGUUUAGACACUACGAUGUUCGAGGUUACAGCAACAGAGGAUGGCACAGUGUUGAAUAUAGCAAACAGCAAUAUCUACAGCCAUGUAAUGUGCGUUCCGGUAACUGUCGAUGUUGACUCAACACAAAUGAAGGUCUAUCAGGAUGUGGUUAUUUACGGGAAAGCUAAACAUGUCAUUCGCCUUGAAUUCACUAUAAUUCCGCCUUUCUGUAGGGAGGUCACAACGACAAAAGAGGGGCUUCCCGAGGUAGUAUUGCAGCCUUUGGCUCCAUACCACACUUUGAUAGAGAAUGCCGCAGUAGACGGGCGUUUCAUUGUGAAUGAACCUACAAUGUUGGAACCGUCAUCUCCAUUCCACAUAUCACUUGGUGCGUCAUGCCCUCCUGUUGAACCGGACGGUUCUGCGUCAUUUUAUCGCACCGGUAGUAAUGCUAUAAGCGCCUUCAUAGCACGAAAGGACACGAGUACUAAACUUGAAAUUUCAACUAGUUCAAGAGCAAGCCACGAGGCGAUGGUUAACCAUCCCGACAAUGAAGAGGGAUCAGCGUUACGUGAUGAAGAGGUCGACGACGCUAACGAGGAAUCUGAUGGCGUUGCCGAAAUCCAUGUGACUGAUGCAGGUGAAGAUGGGCUCAUCGCUGAAAAUGUGAUGGAUAAAAUGGAUGUUACAGUCAAUUACCGCAUGUUUAGGCAUAGAUGCGUACAUCAGUACGCUCACAAGAACGACGUGGAGUCGCUGUCGGACAUUUUACAAUAUAAUUUCAAGGUGCCCAAGACAACAGGCAGCGAUUUUAUUGUGGACUACAUCGCACCACCUUUCUGUUAUCCGGAGAAACCGUUUGAAGCGACUAUAACUAUACGUUGUACAAGAGACGUUUCUCCGUUUGACUACGACCUGGAGGCAAGCGAUAAGUGGACUGUGGAAGGUCCAGUUACAGGCAGUAAUCAGACGUUGAAGUCAUUUGAAAGUAUGCAGUUGUGUUUCAAAAUGACAGCAACCAAUGUCGCUAGUGGUGGAAUAUUAAUGAUGCCUAAGAUUCGCUUCGGCGAUCACUGUUCACCUGUCUUCCACAAAGAGAUUUUUCUUUUGAGCAGUAUGAAUACUUUGUUGUAA